AUGUCUUCUUCCCUCUACAACACAACCGUUGUCCCUGCCAAGCAGGCCCUCAAUGCCCUUUCCAACAUCCUCCGCCAAGCCGAGCAGCACGAAAACGCUGCCAAGCUGCUUGAUGCCGCUCUCUGCGAGGAUAUGAAGCCAUUGAGCUUCCAGGUUUCUUUUUCCGUCCAGUUGGCCGAAAAGAUGGUCGCCAGAUUGACUGAAAGCCCGAUCGGAACUUAUGAUACCAAUAUCCCCACUUUUGCUGAGGCCCAGUCCCAGAUUGAGAAGGCUAUCAAGGUUCUCGACGCCGCUGAUGAGACUACCAUCAACGGCAACGCUGAGAAAACUGCUGAAAUUGGCAUGGGUCCUGGUGUCAACAUUCCUAUGCGUCUGGAAAACUAUGCCCAUGCUUUCAGCAUGUCUAACCUUUACUUCCAUGUUGUCACUGCUUACUCUAUCCUGCGCAAGGAGGGUGUGCCUCUUGGCAAGAAGGAUUACCUGGGUAGCUUCAUGGGUCCCUAUAUGCCCCAGGGUCAGGGCCAGUAA